CGUGCACGCACGGCUGUGUCACCACACGCGUGUGUGUCUGUGUGUGUGUCUGUGCGUCUUUUGGAGGGGCGUGUGUCCAUCGGCCACCCCCACAUGACAACGAGGCGGUCGUCGUAUAUAUACCCGCACCGGGCCGGCAGACCGUCAGUUCGCACCUUGCGACCCUCAGUGUCUUCAGCACUUCCCCAAGCUCGUCAUGGCUCUUUCCAGGAGGGUGCUGGUCUCGCUGUGCGCGGUGGCCGUCGUGCUGGGGCUGGCCCAGGGCGGCCUGGUGCCCGCGCCCCUGGCCUACAGCGCCUUCCCCGGGUUCGCGCCCGCGCCGCUGCUGGCGCGCGCCGUGGCCCCCGCCCCCAUCCUGGCCCCCGCCCCCGUCCUGGCGCCCGCCCCCGUCGUGGCCAAAGUGAAGGCCCUGGACUACGCCGACGCCUACCCGCAGUACCAGUACGCCUACAACGUGCAGGACUCGUUCACCGGCGACUCGAAGGCGCAGGAGGAGACCCGCGAGGGCGACGUCGUCCGCGGCUCCUACUCCCUCAUCGAGCCCGACGGCGUCCGCCGCACCGUCAACUACUACGCCGACCCCCUCAACGGCUUCAACGCCGUCGUCCAGAGGGACCUUCCCGUCGCCGCCCCCAUCAUCAAGGCCGCGCCCGCCGUCGUCGUCUGAACCAGUCAUCGUCCUGGCCACUCCGCCGCCGCACUCGCCACAUCUCGCUCACUCCAACAUCAUCGUCAUCGCGGCCGAGGCGGCCGACCAGUGGCAGCUGCACGCUGUGGCGCCACGCAGCGACGCAGCCAAGUCUUUUGUACCUGUCUGGAAAUGAUCCAUGCUCAAGAUGUAUUUACUCCUGUCAAAAUGUUGAAUGUAUUAAUUUGAAUAAGAAACUGUUCGCAACGUGAA